AUGACGGAUUCUUUUAUUUCAUGGAACAUGACAGACUCGCAAAAUACUGCCGCCACCUCUCAAAAUACCCAGGGGCUGUGUACUGAUGCGGAGAUAGAUAAGUUGAAAAAAUAUCGCAAUUACUGGUGGAAAACCGGUAAUUAUCACCCGAAGGCCAAAUGGGAAGAAGCAAGUGUGAAGAGUACUAACCUUGGCAUUCUUUCUUCCGGAUCAAUGUCAACAAAAUCGCGAGGAUCAGGUAAAGAAGCAGAUGCCUCUUAUAUACCAGUAGUAAAACCUCAAGUCAAUAAUGGUGGAUCUGAUGGAAGUAAUCAGCCCUGGCCGAAUUUAGUAGUGGAGGUUGCGUAUUCAGAAACUGAAGCAAAUAUCAAAAACAAAGUAGAAAAUUAUUGGCUAGCAACUGGUCGAGCUCAUGACGCUAUUGUUAUUAAAUUGAAACCUAUUGAUUCAGCCACAGCACCAUCAUGCAUGACUGCUUGGCAUUAUUGCACAAAUGUUCGAACAGCUGCUGGCGCAUUAAACCCCACGAUGUACGAAUUUGGAACGGUUGAUCGUCAGGGAAAUCUAAUCAACCCACAACUUGGACAAAAUGUUAUCUACAUUCAACUGAAUUGUCUUUAUCAUGAGGUACCAGCUAAUUUUGUGAUUCCGCCUCUUCCUAACCCUAUUCCUAUCGAUUUGUUUCAUGCUAGGUUCGCUAUUGAACAUUGUAUUGUCUAG